CUUGAUUUUAGAAUUGGCGCUUUACUUGAAGCUGCUCCACUGGUUCACACUUCACUCUGAGCACAUUAUAGAUAAGAUAAGGCCUCUCCGUCAUUCCUCCUUCUCUUUCACCGCCGUGCUCCACCGUCAAUUCCGUCGUCGCCGUUACAAAAACAAAGUUUCGUGCACACAAAAAUUCGUUAUUCUCUAUGGUAUCUCUACAAACUCCAAACUCCACCGUCCGUUCCACGCCGUGCCCUCUCUUUCCCCAUCCCACGCGUCGCCAGUGUUUGCACUUCUGGCGUCGCCGAAAUAACUACUCCGUGUACUCCUCCGCUCGGGACAAUGUCAAGCUCGUGAUAAACAAUCUAAACCGACCCGAACAAACUCCUAGAACGCUUUUCCCCGGUGGAUAUAAGCGGCCGGAAAUCAAAGUGCCCAGCCUAGUGCUAAAGCUGAGCUGCGAAGAUGCGUUGGAAGAUGAAACCGUUAUUAAUGAGAUAGACCGGGCGGUUUCGGGUCGGGUUGACAUUGUGGUGCUCAGUGGCGGUGGAGCAAGCGGCGGGAAGUUGUACGAGGCUGCGUGUUUGUUGAAAUCUGUAAUUAAAGGCAGGGCUUACUUGUUGAUCGAUGGACGUGUCGAUAUUGCCGCCGCGAUUAGUGCCAGUGGAGUUCUGCUCUCUGAUCAAGAUCUUCCUGCUAUCGUGGCCAGAAACACUAUGAUGGAUUCAAAAUCUGAAGAGUUAGUAGUUCUUCCUUUGGUAGCAAGAAUUGUACAAACACGUACUGCUGCAGUGAAUGCUUCUAAUUCUGAAGGAGCUGAUUUUCUUAUAUAUGACGUCGGUGGCAAUAGCCAACAUGAGGAGCUGGUGAGCUCAGUAUUUGAGCAUGUGAAAAUUCCUGUUUUUGUCAUGAUUGGUUCCCUUGGCGAUCGCAAGUUGUUCAGUGAAGCACUAAAUUUUCUUGAAUCAGGGGCUAGUGGAGUAGUUAUUUCGAUGGAAGAUUUGAAGUCUGUGACUGAUGAUGAUUUUGGCAAACUGUUUUACAGUGCAUAUGCAUUGAAGAACAAAACAGAGGAAAAAGUUCAAAGUAACAGUCAGCUUAACGUUUUGGACUUGGGGAAUGGCUUUCCUGGUAAGAAGGCAAUGGCUGGCUUUACCAGUUUACAUGAUAGGGAGCAGCAGUUGCUAGAAAAAGAAAAACUGGUUUUGCGCGAGGCCAUACAUGUUAUUGAAAAAGCAGCUCCAAUGAUGGAGGAGGUCUCACUUCUCAGUGAUGCUGUUUCUCAACUUGAUGAACCAUUUUUACUGGUUAUAGUGGGAGAAUUCAAUUCUGGAAAAUCUACUUUCAUCAAUGCUCUUCUCGGGAAAAAAUACUUGAAAGAUGGCGUUGUUCCUACAACAAAUGAGAUCACCUUUUUGCGCUAUGCUGAGUCGGAUGUCGAUGAGUCGCAGCGUUGUGAAAGGCAUCCAGAUGGUCAAUAUGUUUGCUACUUGCCGGCUUCAGUUCUUAACGAAAUGAUCAUUGUUGAUACUCCAGGGACCAAUGUGAUUCUUCAAAGGCAACAAAAGCUGACGGAGGAAUUUGUGCCUCGUGCAGAUCUGCUUCUGUUUGUCAUGUCUGCUGAUCGACCAUUAACUGAAAGUGAGGUUAAUUUUCUGCGUUACACUCAGCAGUGGAGUAAAAAGGUCGUGUUUGUGCUGAAUAAGUCUGACAUAUACCAGAAUAAGGGCGAGUUGGAGGUGGCCAUUGGAUUUAUCAAAGAAAAUACACAGAAAUUGCUGAACACAGAUUGUGUAACACUGUAUCCAGUUUCUGCACGGCUUGCUCUUGAAGCGAAGCUUUCUACUUUUGAUGGUGCUCUCAGUCAAAGUAAUCGUAGUUCAAAUGAUAAUUUUCAUUGGAAAACCAAAGGCUUCUAUGAACUUGAGAAGUACUUGUAUAGCUUCUUGGAUGCAUCAACAAGUACCGGAAUCGAGAGGAUGAAGCUGAAGCUUGGAACUCCAAUUGCCAUUGCAGAACAACUAGUUUCAGCUUGUCAAGGACUUGUGAGACAAGAAUGCCAGCAAGCCAAACAGGACUUGCUCUUUGUUGAGGAUCUUAUCAAUAGUGUAAAAGAAUGCACAAAGAAGCUGGAAAUUGAUAGCAUUUUGUGGAAGAGGCAAGUUCUAUCUAUGAUAAACUCUACUCAAGUACGUGUCGUCCGGCUUGUAGAAUCAACAUUACAAUUGUCAAAUGUUGAUCUUGUCACUUCAUAUGUAUUCAGAGGAGAGAAAUCUACUCAGAUGCCAGCCACCACUAGUGUCCAAAAUGACAUACUCGGUCCUGCGGUUCUUGAAGGACAA